AUGGGCGCCCGACAUCUGAAGUCUAGCAAGCUCUGGUCACUUUUGGGAGAGUCUUACAACUCUUCCAAGCAGGGACACCUGCCCGCUGGUGCCACGGAAUUUAGAGCCAGAGGAGAACCAAAGUUCCCCACCAGGAAUCCAUCCAAAUCAGGAACCACCGCAGCUCUAGCCAUGCCAGAACGCUGGUGGUGGGGAGACCAGCAGGCACCAACCCGGCCCGGCCCAGGCCUAGCGUCGGGCCCGCCUUCCGGCCCCGGCCCCUCCCUGGCCUCUAGGUUCCCAGAGCCCGCGUGUGCUGUGGAUUCCAAGAGGGCGGAGUGUGGCGGGAUGAAGGCGGUAGGGAUGACUAGGCAAACUGCACUGGUCCACUUUCGCCUCCAGCGGCUCUACGCCUUGCUUGGCGACCCCUCUGAUCUGGGGUGUCUGGCCAUGCGCGACCACGAGGUGGCGCUGCGGGCUGAGAGCCUCCGGAGGGGCCGCGGGAACGCCAGGUUCUGA